AUCAAAUGGCUGAAAGUGAAAGGAGAUCUGGAAACUAUGCUCCUAAGGUCUGGACCGAUGAAUUUAUACAAUCACAAACUAGUGUCUAUCUGGACCAAAAAUACUUGGAGCAAGCUGCAAAGCUGAAGGAAAGUGUGAGGGCAAUGUUGGAAAGUAGUGGGACGAAGCCAUUGGAGCAACUGGAGCUUAUUGAUGCCCUUCAAAGACUUGGGCUGUCGCGUCAUUUUACUCAUGAAAUAAACAACAUCCUGGCAAGCAUGCACGUACAUAUUGAUAAGCACCAAAACAAUGGCAAUAGUUUGUACGAAACAGCUUUACUGUUUCGGUUGUUGAGACAAGAAGGCUUCCAAAUUUCCCAUGAAAUCUUCAAGAGUUUCAUGAGUGAGGAAGGGAGUUUUGAUGUGAAGGUUUGUGGGGAUAUUAAAGGAGUGUUAAGUUUGUACGAAGCUUCGUACCUUAGCAUGGAAGAUGAAGAUGUUUUGGAAAAGGCCAAAGACUUUAGCAUUCAUCACCUCAAACAAGCUCUCCGCCAACAAGAAAUAAUAGAUGAAAAGCUGGGCGAGCAGAUUAGCCAUGCUCUGGAGAUGCCAUUUCAUUGGAGGAUGCAAAGACUGGAGUCAAGGUGGUUCAUAGAUGUAUAUGAGAAAACAGACAACAGCAACUCUAUCGUUCUUGAGUUUGCUAAACUGGAUUACAACAUGGUCCAAGCCCUUCAUUUAGAUGAACUCAAACAACUUUCAAGAUGGCAUGAAAAUAUAAAUCUAGCAGAAAAGUUGGGUUUCGCAAGGAGUAGAUUUGCGGAAGCCUUUCUAUGGGCUGUUGGUUUUUCUUAUGAACCUGAGUUUGCAUAUUUGAGAAAGCUCUCAACCAAGGCUGUUGAGUUAAUUACUGUGAUUGAUGAUGUAUAUGAUGCAUAUGCUACCUUAGCUGAACUGGAAAUCUUGACUGAUGCAAUCCACCGGUGGGAUAUCAAUGCAAUUGAGGAACUUCCGGAGAACAAUAACCUUAAAAUUUGCUUUCUUGCCCUCUUGAACUUUGGCAAUGAAAUGGUGUAUGAGGUUCUUCAAGAAAAAGGAGUUAACAUCCUCCCCUACGUGCAAAAACAUUGGGGUAAGCUGUGUAAAGCAUACUUGGUGGAAGCAAGAUGGUACCACAGUGGGCAGAAACCAUGGCUAAACGAAUACCUGGAGAAUGCGAUCGUGUCAAUUUCUGGUGCACUGAAUAUGAUGCAAGCUUAUGUUUCCAUGGCGGACCCCAUUAAAAUGGAAGAUCUGCAACUUCUUCUCCAAUACCCUGCUAUUAACCAUCAUCCCAGCCUCAUCCUUCGCCUGGCUGAUGACUUGGGAACCUCUGCGGAUGAAAUGGCGAGAGGUGAUGUUCCGAAAUCAAUCCAGUGCUACAUGAACGAAACAGCUGGGUGUUGCGAAGAAGAUGCACGCAAAUAUAUGUGCGAGAUGAUCGAAGCAACAUGGAAGAAAAUGAACAAAGAUAUAUUGAUGGAUACUCAGUUCUCCAGAGAUUUUAUCAGAACGGCAAUGAAUGCGGCCAGGAUUGCUCAAUGCAUUUACCAGUAUGGAGAUGGUCAUGGUUGUUCAGAUGGUAUAACUAAACAACGAAUUAGCUCACUCUUUUUCCAACCCAUUCCUCUUCCAUUCAAUACUUAAUUAAUUAAUACCUACCAACAAGCUAAGCUACC